AUGUUCAUGCAGAUCCACUGUGUUCGGUGUGGGGAAUGUGAAACCAUUUCUCAUGUUCUUUUGGGUUGUUCCUAUGCUCGUGCAGUGUGGUUUGGUAGUCCACUUGGUUCUAACUAUUUAUUGAAUGCUAAUCUGGAUUUUUCGGAUUGGGUAUCUGCAUGGAAAUCAUUUUCCACUUUGGGAAAGAAGGAAUCCAAAUCAUUGAUUACUCUAUGUAGCUUUUUCUAUUGGCACAUAUGGCUAUCUAGAAAUGAUUUGGUUUUUGGACGCAAGACUUGGCAGCCUAAUGAAGUUAUUUCAGCAGCGUUGAGGGCAUUCCACGAGUAUAGUGUUGUACAUAUGGCUGGCCUAUCUACUCCUGGAACAUCUGUUGCAUCACCUCCCCAAUGGGUAGUGCUUGUAGUAGGUACGGUGAAAUGCAAUUGUGAUGCUAGUUUUUCAGCAUCUUUCAACAAGGCAAGUAUGGGUUUUGUAUGUAGGGACCACAACAGUUUGCCGCUUAAAGGUUUCUCGUGUCCAUCUUCUUUCUCGGACAUUAUGGUUGGUGAAACUCUUGUUGUUCGGCUGGCGAUGCAAGAGAUGGUUGCAAAUGGUUUUGAGAGGGUUGUUAUUGAGUCUGAUAGUAAGAGUCUCAUUACCUACAUUGAGAAUGGUGGCGGUGCGGCUCCUUUCCAUGUUAAGACUCUAGUGGACGACAUCAUUUACCUCUCUUUAUCUUUUGUAUCUUGUAGUUUUGUUUGUAUUUCAAGGGAGAUUAAUAGCGUUACUGACUCCUUGGCUAGGAGGGCUUUGUCGCACGACUGA